ACUUCCUGUGUAGGCUGUUCCAGCAUGAAGAAGGAGCAGGUAGUGAACUGCCAGUUCUCUGAGUGGUACCCACGGUUUAAGAAGCUCACUAUCAGAAGCAUUGUAAUCCCUCUGCCAGAAAAUGUGAAAGACUAUUUACUUGAUGAUGGCACUCUCGUGGUAUCAGGAAGGGAAGAUACUUCAACGUGUCCUCAAACAGACCUUAACAGCAGUGAAGAAGAGUUGCAGUGGUCAGAUGAUGAAAACACAGCAACCCUCACGGCACCGGAAUUUCCUGAAUUUUCAAUAAAAGUGCAAGAAGCGAUCAACUCGCUGGGUGGAAGUGUUUUUCCUAAGCUUAACUGGAGUUCUCCAAGGGAUGCUUAUUGGAUUGCAAUGAACAGCUCUUUGAAAUGCAAAACUCUGAGUGACAUCUUUCUACUUUUCAAGAGCUCUGAUUUUGUAACCCACGAUUUCACCCAACCGUUCAUUCAUUGUACGGAUGACUCUCCUGAUCCUAAAGUCAAAUAUGAGCUAGUUCUCAGGAAAUGGUGUGAGUUGAUACCAGGUGCAGAAUUCCGAUGCUUUGUUAAGGAGAAUAAACUUAUAGGUAUAUCCCAAAGAGACUACACACAGUAUUACGAACAUAUUUGUAAACAAGAUACAGACAUCCGUAGAUCAAUACAACAUUUCUUCCAGGGUCACAUUCAGUACAAUUUCCUGGAUGAGGACUUUGUUUUUGACAUAUACAAAGAUAGCCAGGGUAAGAUAUGGCUAAUUGAUUUUAAUCCAUUUGGUGAGGUUACUGACUCAUUGCUUUUUACUUGGGAAGAGUUAAUGAGCGGUCGGACCCUCCUUGCAGCCCAUGGAGAUGGUGAAGCUGUGGAGCAGGAUUGUCCUACAUUUCGAUAUACAAGCAGUGAAGCUACUGUCCAGCCCAGUCCAUACUUGAGUUAUAGAUUGCCAAAGGAUUUUGUCGAUCUCUCUACAGGUGAAGAUGCACACAAACUGUUGGACUUUCUUAAACUGAAAAGGAAUCAACAAGAAGAUGACUCGGAUGACUAAAAAGAUAAUGUGUUCUCGAUCAGCUGCUCGGACAUUUCUUCCAUCUUAUUCCUUGCAUGAAACCAAGACACAUGAAUAUAACUGUGCCUGUGGCGCAGCCCAAAACACAGUUGGGAGGUACAAAUCACUAAAUGCAGUGGAAUAAACACAUCCAUAACUCUGCAUCCCUUGGCACAAGGAAAUGAGGACAUCACUGUAAUACCAAGAGGAAAAAAAUAUUUGAUGUUUAAAUUUGAUGAGUUCUUUAUUCACUGUUGUACAUUUAAAGCAAAUGGGACCUAAAGUAUGGACAUUGGUAACUUCAUCUUUUUGUUUACGAUCCAGCUGAAGUGAGUAGGAAUGAACUAAACAUAGCUGUUGAAAUUCAUCGCACAAUUUCUGAAAUAUACUGCUCUCCGAUUAACAUUUGUCAGUCCAUAGAAACAUAAAUUCAAAAUGUCAGGUUAUAAAUAUUUUGUUUCAGAAUGCGGAACACUUCCCAACCAUGCAUAAUUAAUAUUACAUUUUGGUGAAAUACCACUUCCGCGGCAAGUAAAGAUAAUGUAGCCUGGCAAAAUUCGAUAUGCCACAUCACGUCAUCAAAAACUGAUAUAUAUUAACGUUUUUAUUCAAACAUUGAGUUCUAAGUAAAACCUUACAAUUCCAUUCUGUAGAUUGUUUUUUCUUUCCCAUUCUAUUUCUAAAAGUAAUAUAUCAUUAAAUACA